UUACGUCAUCAACUUGCGGAAACAUGGUCUUCACCACAAACAAUUUUAUCUUAAACUAGAUUCCUAAAGCCAAGCUUCUAGCGUCUUACAUAGCAAAGCCAGCCACGGGCACUGAUUGGUAGUUACAUUCUUCAUCUAGGUAGUAACAUAAACAUAAUUGCUGUUUUAUUAAGACACUGAAGUGGUGAAGUAAAACGUUUGGCAAAAUGACGAAUUAUGCUCAUUUUCAAAGACAGAUUACCACCAUUAUGGAAAUCAUGACAAAGUCAGCGAUAGAAGAAAUUACUAAACUUUUUGACGACAGUUCCUCAGUUUUGUGUUUUAAAAUAUCUAGGAGUUUAAACGAGAAUGAGGCGCUGAAAAAGAAACUACAGUUGUUGCAGCAUGAGCUGAGGUCGGCGCGUGGACAGAAAGAGGAAAUAAAAUCAGCGCGUGAGAGCCCUGUCAACACUCGAUCUGUUGGAGUUCAAGUUUUCGAGAGUAAUGUGGACAAGCAGUACAGAGAGGGAAUCGUUGGGCAGGAGUGGAGCUUCUGUCUAAGGAGAGAUGGAGAACCUGCAGGUGUGGAACAGUCUGCAAACAUGGAGCACAUCGAGCCUGAAUCUGUUCUUAUCAAGCAGGAGAGACUGGAAGAGGGCUUCUGUUACAAAGAACCUACACCUAGAACAGAGGAGCAGGUAGUAGACCCAACACGUGCUACAGUGGAACAGGUAACACAGUCCAUACGUACAACUGAGGAACAGGUAACACAGCUCACAUCUGUAGAAGAUGAGAAGAAACCGGACACAGAGCCCACAGGAGACCCAGAGGAGCUGAGUGAGCAGCACAGGUGUGAACACGGUGAUGAGGAGCUCAGUGGACUGGAGUUUGUGGUGAAGGCAGAGCAAGAGGAAGAGCAGGCAGCCCAGAGACUCAGUCAGACAGGAUGUGAACGCAGUGCAGGAAGACUCAACAAUCUGGGCUCUGGGUAUGUAAUGUAUGGGAGAGACAGUCAGCUGUGGACUUACUUUACACAAGAGGACAGUGACCUACAUGAUGGGGACACUGGAAAGAAGGGGAAGGCUGACGGACAAGGUGACUUUGGAAAGAAACCGUUCAUUUGCAUAUAUUGCGCAAAGAGUUUUGAUCGCUGUAGUCGUCUCAUCUCACAUCACCGCAUUCACACGGGGGAGAAACCGUACAGCUGUGCACAGUGCGGGAAGUGCUUCAGUCUCAAAGGCAAUCUUGUAAAGCACGAGAGGGUUCACAGCGGAUACAAGCCAUUUGGCUGCACGCAGUGCGGGAAGAGAUUUACACGGGCCGCUACCCUUAGAGCACACCACAGAAGUCAUACGGGAGAGAGACCGCAUCACUGGGAAGAGUUUCACUCACCGUCCUAAUCUUGUUGUGCACGAGAGGAUUCACACGGGAGUGAAGCCAUACAUCCGUAACUAGUGUGAGAAUACUUUUUCAUAUUUAAAGACCCUUCAAACCCAUCAUAUUUCACUGUUGAAAUAAAGCGCGUUGAUUGAAACGGUAUGUGUAAAUAAUCUGUAUAUUAGCAAUAUGUUUGAGUUAUGAAGGCGGUUUGCUCAGAAAUAUUCAUGAAAACGCAUGACAACAUCCAGCAUCAGUGUUUCCCUUAAUGUCAUUUUAAUAAAACGAAAGUGUUUUUAAUUAA